AUGGCGCCUCAGAAGAACAUGAAAGAAAUUUGUAUUGUCACCUUCUGGCCCAACCCCCAGAAGGACAAUCUAUUCACUCUCUUCAAAAGAAAGAGGACCAAGUCACCAGAGGAAGGACUCCUUUCUGACCCCGGGACCAGUCGAGUCAACCAGGCCGACCGCCUGACGUCUAGUUCGCAGGGAGAACCUGUCUGGAGAACCAAACUCCAGAGACGGCCCUCCACAGCUGACUUCAACCUCCUGGUACCCACACGGCUUUUAGUUAAUAAAGCGCUUCACAGUCUGCGUCACGUGCCGCCGGCUGCCCCACGACGCCUCGCGGAGGUGCACAGGUCGAUCCUCCGCCUCUCCGUCUGUCUCCUCCCAGCAGCGUCCCCCGCUGCCUCCGCCGCCGCGGCCACACCUGCAUCAAACCGGGGAAGUCCGUUCGUGCGAGCGGCCGGAGAGGAGAGACACCGGGUGGAGGGCUGCGGACAGAUCCGAGGCAGCCGAACACAGCCACAGCGGCUCGGGUGGCACAGGAUCCAAACGGCGGCGGAGGACUGCACCGAGGCYCGGCUGGGACUUCGCUCCGGGGCUGAGGCGCGCAUGAAGGAGAACAGGAAACAUCCAGACUGGCUGAAAGCGCGCAGGUUUUUCCCUGCGAUCCCUGUCAGAGAGUGAAGCAGGGACAGUGACUGGACCUUUGUCUCUGCACUUUUCCGGAGAAAGCGAAGCUCCCCGGUGCCACGGCCGGUCAUUGUGACCAAGAAAGGGGGGGGAAAAAAAGUCCAGCUUGUCUGCAUAAAGACUUACUCAGCAUAACGCUUUUGGCCGGCAGCAGCAGAGAAAUCCCUUCUGCUCCACCCCUUCCUCUCUAACUYGCCUCACACCUUCACUUCCUUCUCAGCUUCCUCCUCAGCUUCAGCUGCGUUCGGAAGUCCCACAUGACAGCUCUGAAACGGCCGUUCCCUUCCUGCUGCCCUCCCCCUCCAGCCCCCCGUGGCGCUUGGCACCAGUGCCCAUCACAUAGACAGAUGGAGCCAACCCUGACCCCUCUCCUCGCCCGCGGGGACGCCAACGGAUUCAACGCCUGACUUCAAGGAGGGGAGGGGAGGGCAGUGGGGGAGGGAGAAGAUAGGAGGAGGAGAACAAGCGAGCAUUUCCUUUUGUCACCAAGGCAACACAUCUCGCAAACUCCUGUAGGCUCUUCUCCCCCAUCAGCCGUACCCGAGGCUCCGAAAUAAAAAAAACCUCACUCAGCGGGACGUUCAGCGGCGAGAGCAGAGGGACUACAGUUUUUUUUUCCCCUCCUUGACGUAUUGUUUUUUCCUUUGAUUUCCUUUCGGCAGUGACAUCUUGUUUGACUUUUUUUUUUCCCCUUCAAGACAAGGUGUUAACAAAAUAUUACAGAUGAGAAACACUGUUUGGGAGUAAAACAGGCGGGUGCUAAAAUAAAGACGACUUUGAUUUUUUUUUUUUUUAAUUUGAGGGGAGCUGCGGCAGGACGGCUCUCUAACAAAGCCCAGGUUGUGUCAGGACGAGCGUCCAGCAUAAACACGAUUGCCGAAUCGUUUUUGUUCGCUCGCUGUGGUGAUCCCUGCAGAAGCCAAAAAUAAAGACAACAACUCAGA